GAAUUUUUGAGUUUGAAAUCAUAAAGUAGUCAAAUUGACAAAUACGUUGUUUGUUAAGAAGUUUGGAUAAACAGAACAAGUUGUCAAAUCUAAAAGGACGCAGAAAUUUACUAUUUUUUUAUAUAUAUACACAAUGAACAUGGAUAAGUGGAUUAAAUUAAAUAGCCAAACUAUAGGCAGAGACAAAAUUGCCCGAUUAGUACAAUACGCCUCUCGUGCUUUAUGGGAUUUUUUGGAAUCGUCCGAUUUACAUCCGGCUAUGGUAGAAAACUUCAAAUCUUUGGAAUACAUAUUAAGUACAUUCCGUAAAUUACUACGCUUUGGUAAAUGCUUAGACAUCUUUUAUGCCAGUUUACGUACUGUACACCACCCGGACUUGACUAUCCGCAUCACCUUAACCUUGGGUAAAUUGUCGCAGGCGUUAUUUUUGUUUGCCGAUCAUUUCAUGUUUCUGGCGCGAACAGGUCUUUUCAAAAAUCUAAACGCCAACAGAUGGAGUACAUUUGCAAAUAAAUAUUGGUUGCUUUCGAUUACAAUGAAUUUAUGCCGUGAUAUGUACGAAAUACAUCGUUUAUUUGAUUUGCACAAGGCAAGUAUCAAAAGUGGCCUUUCUCGUUCGAUACCUUCAAGGGUUGAGUCUUCUAAAGACAUCAGUCGCUUAGCUUUACACUCGUACAGCUUAUUAUUGACUCAUAAGGACGUUCUUGUCGACAUUGUAAAGAAUAUUUGUGAUUUCUUCAUACCUUUGACGGCAUUGGGUUAUACAAGAAUAACACCGCGGACGAUCGGUUUACUUGGUACUUUUUCAUCAUUGGCUGGUUUGAUAGCCUUAGUGGAGCCGACAGCAAAACUUAGUCUGACUUAAGUAUUGGAAAUGAUUUUAAAAAGUAUGCUUUUUAUAUAUAGU